GCCGCUGCACUUUUACGAAGGAAGCCUCGGCUACGGGCGCGAGCCGCCCCUGUGUUAGACGAGGAGGAGGAAGACGACUUGCAGGAGGAAGAUGCCGACGACUAUGACGACGACUAUGACGACUAUGAGGACGAUCCGAACUACGAGGGACCCUGGCA